GUCAUCACCAACUUUGACGUAAGCGCAAGCGGAACGCACGAGAAAGCAAUAACAAUGCAAAGCAUUCUGGUCAGCCUGGUAAGCCUGCCACUUUAAGAUCAAUCAAUAACAUUUAUUUUUGUAAUUCCGUCUACUAGUACCGACUGCCUCACCUCAAUCCGUCCAGUGCCUAGCGCUUAACUCUACCGUCAUCCGUCUCACUUGGGCUUUGAGUCAUUUCCACGUCCACGGAAUAGUGCUUGGUUACGCCGUGAGUUUUGUUGGGUGGCGUGACGAGAGCAUCGCGCGUGAGCAUCUCUCGUGUUCCUCGCGCGCGUGGUACGAUGUGCGUGAACUCCACGAAUACACUACAUACAACAUGUCGGUUCUUGUGUUCAACGAGAAAGGCAAAGGGCCGUAUUCACCGCCAAUCAGCUGCACCACCUUGGAGGACGCACCAUCUGCGCCACCGCUUAAUGUCAGCGGCUACAACACAAGUGACAGUAGUCUUCAAUUGCUAUGGCAACCAGUGGAAGCCACUCACAGAAACGGACGAUUGGUUGGCUACAAAAUUCGCUAUCACAUGACCGGGGACUUGGUUAACUUUGCCGUGAGGGAGAGUCGUCUCCUCAACACAAGUCUGACGGGUCUUCUUCCAUAUACUGAUUACGUCAUCACGGUGUGCGCGUAUACUGUUGCGGGGGAGGGGCCGUGGAGUGCCCCUGUUAUCAUCAAGACCGACGAAGAGGCCCCUAAGAUCCCGCCAGCUAACGUACAAGUCUUCAACACAAGUAAUACGUCACUCUCCGUUACCUGGCAACCGAUUCACGCAAGCCAAGUGGCGGGGAUCCUCAAAUACUACAAAGUGAUCCUAACAGAGCUUGACCUUGAUGGGAACCCUGUGGUUGGACCUAAUACGACAAGUCGUAGCCUGACGGUACCUGUGAUCAGCGGUGUAUCGGUGGAGAUCACGGGUCUGUUGUUGUUCACUAAUUACAGUGCUGUUGUGGUGGGCGUGACUAGAUUCGAGGGUGUUCCGAGUGCACCUGUCUACGCCAUGACAGAUGAGGACGGUAAGUGGUGGUCAUUGCUAAUUCCCAGUCGACCCCCGACAAAUCUAAAGGCCCAGAACACUAGCUCAACAAGCCUAGCCGUCGCCUGGCAACCACUGAGUGACAGCUUCUUCAUUCACGGUGUUCUCCGUGGUUACCAAGUCUCCUAUCACCGCGUCGACGGAGUAGACCUGAGGAGGAGAGUGGAAGUUGUAUGUGCUGGAAUUUUGUCUGUAAAUUUGACUGGUCUGGAUCAGUUUGUGAAUUAUAGCAUUAGUGUCCAUGCCCUAACGGUUAAGGGACACGGCCCGGCUGCUACAGUAUACUCUACAACCGACCAAGAUGUACCCGCGCUACCACCAGCAAACGUCACCGGGUUCAAUAUUAGCAAAAACGCUAUCACAGUCACGUGGUAUGACGUCAUUCUUUUGGAACAGGACGGGGUUAUUCUAGGUCAUGAGCUGAUGUACAACAAGACGAGCCUGCGGGGUGACAGCGAAUUGCGGUCAGGCCGUAGACGCAGGAGUAUUCAAUCAGUAGAGCACCACACAGCCCAUGUGCGUCACCGUAGGACGCUAGACCCAGUCUCUACCCUUGUGCCUCUCCCUGCCUGGCAGCGUAACUACACCAUAACAGGCCUGGAGCCAUAUUCGCUGUACCAGAUAGCAGUGCGCGCCUUCACCAUCAAGGGUUACGGCCCGUGGAGUGAAGUAUUCACAGUCAGGACUGACGACGAAGACCCCCAAGUUUCUCCGAAGAAUGUGACCGCGCGUAACACGAGCUCCACCUCCCUCCUGGUUACGUGGCAAAGGAUAGAUCCCGCCCUUGUCGCCGGAAUCCUGCGCUUCUAUAAAAUUCUUUACGCAGUAGUUCCAUUCAAUCUCACAAGUAACGCAACAAGUAAUGCAACGCUUGGUCACGCCAACUACAGUCACGUGACUGUACCGGAAACACAGUCGUCGGUUGAGCUGACGGGUCUCAGGAGAUAUACAAACUACAGCUUGCGGGUGAUGGGCGUGACCAGACAUGAGGGUGUCAUGAGCCAACCUAUCUACGCCCACACUGAAGAAGACACACCCAGUCUUCCUCCUCCAAACAUUACCGUGACGCUAUCAAGCUACUCCAGCCUGAACGUGUCCUGGUCACCAAUCCCCGCGCCUCAAACACAUGGCAUCCUCCUCGGCUACGUUCUUUAUUACAGUCUCACCACUAAUAAUCACAGCCGAACCAACGUCACGCUCCCGCCAAGUGUGACGUCAUACCACGUGACGGAGCUCAAGGCGUCGAAUUGGUACUCCUUCUGGUUGCUAGGAUACACAGCCAAGGGUCAUGGGGUGCUUAGCAAAGAGCAUACGGGACUAACUGAUGAAUCAGUUCCUAGCAAGCCACCAAUAAACGUCACCGUUUUAAACUUCACCGCCCCUGACGGUUUAAACGUGUCUUGGGGCCCAAUCCCCCGAGGAUUUACCCACGGCGUGUUAAUCGGAUACCGGAUAUUUUACAUGCAAGUCCGAGACACGGGUAAGGAAGUAAAGGGCGUGGAGUUGAAUAUGACAGUUGGCCCGGACGUGAACUCGACCGUGCUGAGAGGUCUAGAGAACUACGCGGUGUAUGCAGUACGGGCUGUUGGCCUCACCAUCAAGGGCCAGGGAGUCACGAGUCAGCCUGUCUAUGGAGAGACGUGUCGCUGCACUCGUCACCUAUCCACGUCAUACUACCUGGUGGAGCCUUACGUCACACGCAACAAUUCAUCGUCCUUGACGGGAAUCGUGCCAUGGAUCCUGAACGAGGUUAUCCAAGGGUGCUGCGGGGUCUGCUAUAAUGGUCACGGCACCACAGUUAUUGACUUCCAGCUUGACGGAGAAGGAGGGGAAGCAGAGAAACACAACAUCUCCCGUCUAACCCAGGGCACAGUCGGAGAAACCGACUUGACAUUUCCGGUCAGCGGCUUCAAGGGGCAAGAAAAGUACGGCGUGCACAAAUUUGUGCAGAUAAUCAUCGCCCCAGGCGUCGCGCUAAUAGUCCCACCACAGGAAUCCCAAGAGUCAUCUUCAGCCUUCUCUAAUGCGAUAUUGGACAGCUGGACGUUACUCGUGUUGAUGCUGAUAUUCAUCUACAUCGCUGGGAUAACUAUAUGGGCGGUGGACUUUGAGGUUACCGAGCACCGAAGAGCGUGA